GCCGCAUGGGGUAAUUAGAGAAGACCGGGUCCCCGCAUGGCAAUGCACGUCUGCUGCCCCGGUUUCAGCUAGUUCAAGAUUCGGGCCUCUUAUCCCUGGAAGCAGUCGGUUGGCCGUCUCCGGCUGCAGCGGAGCGCGCAGGCAGAGCAUGGAUAAUUGCCGGUCACGAAUUCAAUGCCUCGACGCUCCUCUGUCCAUCUGAGACCCAACAUCUAUAGACACACUCACCAGAAGAAUAAAAGAUGACUCCAAAUACAAACAUGGACAAAGUCCGAAUCGUUGAAGUCGGCCCCCGCGACGGCCUCCAAAACGUCAAAACAAGCAUCCCAACGCCCACAAAGAUCGAGCUGAUCAAACGCCUCCAACAAACCGGCCUGCAGUCAGUCGAGAUCACAUCCGUCGUCUCGCCACGGGCUAUACCACAGCUCUCCGACUGCACGACCGUACUGUCGAACGCCCAUAUCCAGCGCGUCCUGCAAAAUGGCCAGAUCCGUGCGCCGGUUUUGAUCCCCAAUUUGAAGGGCCUGGAGAUUGCGCUGCAACACGGCGUCAGGGAGGUUGCUGUUUUCGUUAGUGCGAGUGAAGGGUUCAGCAGGGCCAAUAUCAAUUGUUCGGUGCAGGAGGGGUUGGAUAGAGCCAAGGCCGUUGCGGAGAGGGCGAGGGAGAAUAAUUUGGCUGUGAGGGGCUAUGUUUCUUGUAUAUUCGCCUGCCCCUAUGAUGGCCCUACGCCGCUUCCGGCCGUUCUCGACUGUGCCCGGCAAUUGCUGGACAUGGGCUGCUACGAGAUUAGUCUCGGCGACACAUUAGGCGUGGGAGUGCCAUCUCAAACGGAGAAAUUGAUCCGGUUCCUUGUUGAUGCCGGUAUUCCCGUCGAGAAACUGGCGGGUCACUUUCACGAUACGUACGGCCAGGCCGUCGCCAAUAUCUGGGCGGCAUAUAGAUGCGGCCUGCGUGUUUUCGACAGCAGCGUUGGCGGCCUGGGUGGUUGUCCUUACGCACCAGGGGCCAAGGGUAACGUUGCCACAGAAGAUGUCGUAUACAUGUUCGAACAAGCAGGGGUCACGACUGGAGUAGACCUUGCAAGUCUCGUUGGAAUCGGAACCUGGAUCUCAGAGCAGCUAAGGAAGCCCAACGAGAGUCGUGCCGGGAAUGCCAUUUCUGCGAAGUCGUUGAGAAAGAAGCAACUGCCUGCAUUGGCGUCUACUCCAGGACAGAACCGGCCAUCCCAACGGCUGCAAUGGACUCCUCAAUCCGCACCGGAGGGACUCCAGAUCGUCAAAAGCGGCCCAAACGUCAAGAUCAUCCUAGAUCGACCCCGGAACGGCAACGCUCUGACCACGACAAUGAUAUGUGGAAUCACCGACUACGUGGAAAAGACAGCGCAAGACCCGUCUACCACUCGUCUCGUCAUCGCGUCUACGGGCAAGUUCUUCUGCACGGGAAUGGACCUUGGCAAGGGCAGCUCGCCCGUCGCUCAGGGACAAGCAACAGUCGACGCGCAGUUCAAGCGACUCACGCGACUCUUCGACGCCAUCAGCAACGCACCCCAGGUAACGAUUGCCUGCGUGCAAGGCCCCGCGUUCGGCGGGGGGGUCGGGUUGGCAUUUGCAUGCGACAUCCGCAUCAUGAGCCAAAAGGCCAGCGUGACCCUAAGCGAAGUCAAACUCGGACUGUGUCCUGCGACCAUUUCCAAACAGGUCAUCCGUGAAUUGGGCGUUCCCUUCGCCCGCGAGGCCAUGUUGUCUGCGCGUCCUGUGUUCCCCGCAGAGAUGGCUCGAAUAGGUGCUGUCGCAAAGGUCGUGGAUGAAUCGUCAGAUAUAUCCGCUGCUCUCGAUGACUAUCUAACUGCACUGAAACAAUGCGCACCGAGUGCCUCGGGCAUGGUGAAGGAAAUCGUGAAACUCGGCUGGCAGGAGGGUUCGGGCGGCCCUAGGCAGGAAGAGGGCAUCCGGAGGCUCUUCGUUGAGAUGAUGGCGUCGGAUAACCCCGAAGCUGCGUUUGGGCUGGAGCAGUUUCAGAAGGGGAAUAAGCGAGUGGACUGGGAUGCGUAUACUCUGGCCAAGAGACGAGUCCAUGCCAAGUUGUAAUUA